CUAUCGAGCCUAAAGUUAUCAUUCAUUGAAUCAUUUUCCUUGACAAACAGUCACACACAAAAUCAAUAGAAAUAGGAACACCCAAAAAACAUGCCGAACUUUAAUGGUGCCAUAAUUGUGCACACGCUGCAGCUGCUGAAGAUACCAGCAACACUGCGUCAGAUUGUGAACACCAUAUCGACGCACACCGAUCUGCCAGAGGAAGAUAUCAAGGAGCCCGUUAAGCAGACCCUCGAAAUGGGCAAGCGUUUGGGUUUCCUACAGAAAAUGGAUGGGCGUUACUACAUGGUGCCGAUGACCUUUGAGACGCUGAUGAGCGAAAUGCAAGCACUGGACAUGCCCGACAAAGCCGAGUCCAAGCUGAAGCCUAAAAAGGAGAAGAAGGUAGCCAAAUCGGAGGGCAAGUCCGCUAAGAAACAACUCAAGUUGACAGAUACAAUUAAGAAAUUGUCUGACGAUUCUCAAACCUCGAUCAUUACUUUAGUGCCGUCCGAAAUCAAAAUAUGCUCGAAACCCAAGGGUGUCAAGUAGUCAAAAGACCGCUGCAAUUAUGCCAAUUAGAACACUCUAUAAACCAAUCUAUAAACCACUCUAUAAACCACUCUAUAACCCAGCUUACAAAAACACAACAUUAAGCCUUGACAACAGCAACAAAAGUAGCCCAACUUCUAUCAUAUAUUAGCCAGAUUUGAUCCGAUGUGAACCCAGCCAUUAAGUCACUAAAAUUGUCCGUUUUGUUUUGCUUAAAUUUUGUUUCUUUGACGCAAUAGUCACAAAUAAAUAAUUAAAUAAUAAUGGAACUU